AUGAAUAUGUUGGAUGAUGAAGAUGACCAAAGCUUUCACGCUACGCGUGACGGCUACUCCCAUUUGAGCGAUGUCGAAUGGGAUGCGGUUGAACGGAUGGGUACAACCAUCGGCAUCCAUGCUGUUAGCGUCAUGCUAGAGGCUCUCAUUAGAGAUGCCCAACAUGCUACUAUCGCCAAGUUCAUUCAAAAUGAACUUGACGCAGAACGCGAGAAAGUAGCCUUGCUUCACCAACAAGGUUCUCAACAAGCAGAGUUGUUGAGAGAACAGGGUGCUCAACAGUUUGAACUGUUGAGACAGCAGCAGGCUGCUGCCGGUGGGUCGAUGCACUCGCGUCAACCCCGAAACCUUGAAGAUUGA